AUGGCACUUAAUUUUAUUACAAAAGUCCUUGUGGCAAACAGAGGAGAAAUUGCAUGUAGGGUUAUGAAAACUGCCAGAAGGCUAGGAGUCUCGACUGUUGCUGUUUAUAGUGAAGCUGAUAGGAAUUCCCUUCACGUUUCUAUGGCUGACCAUGCAUUUUAUAUUGGAAAAGCUCCAUCAGCAGAAAGUUAUCUAAAUAAAUCUAGAAUCAUUGAUAUUGCCAAAUCCAACGGUGUCCAAGCAAUCCAUCCAGGCUAUGGCUUUCUAUCAGAAAACGCUGAAUUCGCACGAAUGUGUAAUGAAAAUGGUAUAAUCUUCAUUGGGCCACCUGCAAGUGCAAUUUUAGCUAUGGGCUCAAAGAGUGAGUCUAAAAAAAUUAUGAUAAAAGCUGGAGUUCCUGUCGUUCCUGGAUAUCACGAAGACUCACAAGAGGUGGAAAAACUUAAGCAAGAAGCUGACAAAAUAGGCUACCCUGUCUUAAUAAAAGCUGUUAUGGGCGGAGGUGGAAAAGGUAUGAAACUUGUAAAUAAUCCCAAUGAGUUUUACGAGCAGCUCGAAAGUGCCAAGAGAGAAGCCUUGAAAUCUUUUGGAGAUGAUAGGGUCAUCAUGGAAAAAUACAUCACAAGUCCAAGGCAUAUUGAAUUCCAAGUUUUUGCAGAUACACAUGGAAAUGCUGUACAUUUAUUUGAAAGGGACUGUUCAGUUCAAAGAAGACAUCAAAAAGUCAUUGAAGAAGCACCAUCAAUGAUAGAUGAAGAAAAGCGAAAAGACAUGGGAGAUAAAGCAACACAAGCUGCCCUUGCUGUAGGGUAUCAAGGAGCUGGGACUGUAGAGUUCAUAUUUGAUGAAGACACACAGAAGUUUUAUUUCAUGGAAAUGAACACGAGGCUACAAGUAGAACACCCUGUUACAGAAAUGAUAACGGGACUUGAUCUUGUAGAGUGGCAGUUCAAAAUUGCUUCAGGGUUGCCACUGCCGAAAACACAAAGUGAAAUUAAGAGAAGAGGACAUGCAGUUGAAGCUAGAAUUUAUGCUGAAAACCCUGCUAAUUCAUUUUUACCAACAUCAGGAAAACUAUUAUAUCUGCAAACACCUAAGCCUUCUGACCAAGUUAGAAUUGAUACUGGUGUCGUGCAAGGUGACGAUAUUUCUGUUUACUAUGACCCUCUAAUUGCAAAACUUAUAGUAUGGGGAGAAAACCGAGACCAAGCUUUAAAUAUCAUGCACCAUUCCUUAAAUGAUUACCACGUCUGUGGGCUUCCCACCAAUAUAGAGUUUUUAAGAACAUUGUGCCAACAUAAGAAUUUCAGGAAUUAUAAAUUCAACACAAACUUUAUUCCUUUACAUCAAAAAGAACUCCUUUCUUUUCCUUCAGCUUCAAAUAGAGAUCUAGCAAUGGCUUCUGUCUGCCUUUUGAUAAAGGAGCAAGCCAUUGCUGAUGAAACUGCAGAGAAAUUGCAAAGAAAAAGCUCACCAUGGUACAAAUUGCAUGAUUUCAGGGUGAAUUAUGAAGAAACAAGGAAUGUCAGCUUAAUUUCUGAUAAAGAGCACAAAGUAGCUAUAAAACCGACAAAAAGUGGGUUUGAUGUAAAUGUGGCGAAACAUCAGUUUAAUGUAAAAGGAAAACUAAUUGGAAAUAACACAUAUGAAUUAGAAACAGAAAAAGGAAUCGAAACAUGGAGAGUUUUGCAAAAUGAAGAAGACCUGUGGGUCAUAAAUAGCGAAGGAUCUGUUUUCGUCCUUAAAAUCAAACAAGAAGAAAUGGGAGAAAUAAAAGCACAGGAAUCAAGCAUUAGCCAUGUAAUUGCGCCAAUCCCAGGAAAAAUUAUCAAAAUUAUAGGAAAAGAAGGAGAAGAGGCCAAGGAAAAUUCAGUUUUAAUUGUUAUUGAGUCUAUGAAAAUGGAACACUCAAUUAAAGUGCCAAGAAAUGCAACAAUUAAAAAGGUCCAUAAAAAAGAAGGAGAUUUUGUGAAGGCUAAAGAAGUAAUAGUUUCGUUUGAAUAA